AUGAGUGAGGGAGCGGACGUUGGAGAGGAUACCGGCGGCACAUGCGACAGCUGCGUGCCCUCCACAGCAAACAAGGAGAAUGGGGUAGGCGUGGCGAACCUGUACUACUCUGCGCUUGGGGCGAAGGGCGUAGCCUCCGCCGCCACACAAUGCGAGGGGUGGGGCCGUCACUUCCAUCAUUCCAGUAGCGGGGGCGGUUUUGCCACUCCCUUCGCGCUCUCCAGCACCCUCGCCCCGCACAGCACCUUAACCCCAGCCGCGGCAAAGACGACGGAAGGGGUGACACAAAAGUCACUUUCGUUGGAGACGACGGAGCCCGACAGCACCAUGUCUGAGUGUCUCUCCAGCCUCAUGAGCGAGUUUGGACGAACACGACGGCGACGGCGACGCGAGCAGCUGACUCUUGAGAACUCCGUCGACGGGGAGAAGCAGGUGCACGAUCUGGAGCAGGCUCUCCAAAGCUUAGAAGAAAUGCAGCGGGAGAACAAGGAACGGAUGCGGCUUGGGGUUUCCUAUGCGUCCUGUAAUAGGACGUGGUCUCCCAACGAGAGAAACCCGGAGGUCUCCGAGAGACCAGGGAAACAUUUGGUUCAUUUUUUUCGCACACAGUCAGUUGACGGCUUGGUGAUCUGUGAGAAGCCAAAACGUUGUGCACUGAAACGCGUGAUGACAUCCUCAGCGAUGCCUGAGCCAAACCCAACGACACCAAUACCCGUACCGCUCCAAACACAACAUGAGAACUCUCCCAUUCAUGGCAAGUCUUCAUCGCCGCCGAACAGACGUGUGAGCUCCGCAAUCACAAAAGCGAGUGGAUUUUGGCUAGAUGAAUCUCGAGAAUUUGACACGCCGUUUGCUAGGAAAGAAUCCAAGUUGCAGACGUCACCGUCUCUAACGACAAAAGUUGCAAGGGAGUCAACGGGCACCGCGGAGAAGCAUGCAGUGCCGCCACGAAGCAACCCUUCUCCGCCGUCAAGGGGCCUUGCUACACCCCACAGAGUCAGCAGUGGGGGGGGCCCUCAUCGGCCCAGCACGGAGGAAAAAAAGGCCGUAAAUAGUCACUGUAGCCUUGAAAGCAUCACGAAUGGGGUUGACGCAGAGGGGAAGUGGUGCGCGUCACCAGUGAUCGACGAUGGCAAAGGCACGUGUGGGGAGACAAAUAGCGGUAAAAAAGCCAAUAGCGGGAAAAGGUGUUUGUUACGCCGUGUAGGGCGUUCUACAUCCCCGCCGAUUAUUAUUUUGACGGUGGACUCUAGAAGGAACAUGGGAGAGGAGAAUGCUAGGCGGCUGCUGAGUGCAGAGCCAAUACGGUCUCCAGAGCUGCUUGCACGACUCAUGCCACAUAACUCUUCUGCUUCUGCACGCCCAGCAGUGAAUAAUGUGCCAAAAAAGCAUUCACCAGAGAAAGCGGCGACGCGAUCAGUAAUUGUGAAGUCCAUGCCACGAUCACCCAUUGAGGAGGCAGUGUCACAAUUACCCACCACGAAGGCCGCGUCUCGAUCACCCACUACGAAGGAGCUGCUAUCAGACACACGAGCAGCAAUGACAUCAGAAUCCACAACUAAAACAGUAGCGGCAACAACAGCGGCGACAGCAGCGGCAACAACAGCCGCAACGGCAGCGGCAAAAGCAACCGUGCCAAAGGAUUCUCCACCGCGGGAAGCCGCAAAGACCCGCGUACCAAUCCAGACAAGAAAUUCUUUCCUGGGAAUGGCUCCUGCGGCUCCGGCUGUUUCCUCUGUUGUUGCCGACAAGCCAAAGGUGGAGGAACGUCAGGCGCCGUGGCGUCAGCCUGCUUCACAGGCCACACAACCAUCACUGGGCAAGUAUUCUGAGGUGUUGGAGGUGCUAGUCUCCACCGGGGCGGCGUCUAAAACGUCGACGUCACCCACUGACAGAAAUGCAGCUAGUUUUCCCAUGAGCAAACAGCGGAAAAUCAAGACUACUAAUGGGUUGCCGAAGACCACUGUUGUCUUUUCAGUAGAACCGAAAACGAAGACGCGUUCACAACCGGAAACUCAUCUUGGAGGUUCAGUUCACGCUCCGCUUGCUGUGAUGGGGCAGGCGGCUGCGGCUACAAUGCGACGCAGGGCAAGUGGGGCGGCCACCCGAUUUACGUCUUGGUGUCGUGACGAGCCUGCCUCUGCACUGGAUAAGGAUGUGCAUCGUGGUACGAAGGGUAAAUCAUCGAUGCACAGCUCGGAGGCAGGCUCCAGUGCGCCAAAGCCGCCCACUUUGCAGCAACUUUCAAGAAGACGAAAGAGUUUGUCAGUAUUGACGUAUGAAUCUUCGUUUGAGCGUGAUGCCUGCGGCCCCUUAAAUACCGAUCGUCGAAGGGCCAAUAGAGUCAGGGCUGUGAGAUGCGGUCCCAUUGGGGAAAUUCAGUCGCCCAAGCAACUCGUUCCAUUUUGUACGGAGUGUGGAAAACGACACCUUAGUGAGAAGGUUAAGUUUUGUGCCUUUUGCGGUCAUAAGCGUGAGUCUGUGGGGUGA